AUGUUUUCCACGACGCUACGACGCCUCGCGCAGUCGGCGAGGGGGCCUAUGGGCAGGCUCACCGUCGAGAACAACCCAUACCGGACCAAAAAAGUGUGGCCGCCCGACUUCAAGGACCUCACACCCCAGCAGCAGCUCCGGUUCGAGAAGAAGUACAAGCGCCGCCUCUACCUCGCGCAUUACUCCCCGACAUGGGACAAGGGAACGCGGAUGGUCCGGUUUGUGCUGGUUACAGGUGCUCUCAUAUACGCCCUGUUCUUCGCCGAAUUCGAGUUUUGGGGCAAGCCGUACAAGCCAUCUGAAGAGAUUGUGGCCAAAGCCGCCCAUCUCUUCGGCAUCAUGGACCCCGACAAACGCUACGAACGAAGAAAAGACGCACCCCCAGUAAACCCGCGAAAAGAGGAGGCCGAAUCAAAGUAA